AGAAUGCCCACUACACUUCACUUCCGACUGCGUGUGACGUUUCUUCCGUUUCCCUAGGCAACAGAGAAACUCAAGCCGUUGGUACAGCUCUCAGAGAAAAUGGCUGAUGUUGAAGAGACUCUGAAGAGGAUUGAAGGGCAUAAAGGUGUAAUUGGAACAAUUAUUGUAAACUCAGAAGGUCUUCCCAUCAGAACAACUUUGGAUAACUCCACAACGUCUCUUUAUGCAAGACUUCUUCGCAGCUUCACUACGUUGGCGAGGAGCGCAGUCAGAGAUGUUGACCCUCAAAAUGACCUCACCUUUGUGCGCAUUCGCUCCAAGAAACAAGAGAUCUUGGUUGCUCCUGAGAACAACUAUCUAUUGGUUGUUAUCCAAAACCCAUCUGAAUAGCUGCCAGAUAUCGAGCCUUCGUCACAUGAUGGGUUAUUUUCAGGAAAAUGUUUUGCGUCACAUAAUCCCUCUUUUUUGUUCAGCGUGUGUUGCUUUUUAAACAUGGCAUGUCAUGUGUUUUGCCUCCUGUAAUUAUUCUCUUUCAUUUUAUUCUUGACAGAAAAUGCUAUGUGGAAUAAAAGUAAUUUCCUCUAA